CAGUGGCUAUCUGGGAGUCGGGUCCGACUCUGGGGCAACUGUCGUGUGGCGCACUUGUACAAAUUUGUCGGGUGUUAAAAAGCAGACUUACCGGAGGAGGUUUCCGGCGCGGUUUCACAGCUCUCCCCGGUGGAAGUUUGUAACGGACGGUACCUGAACCGAAAAAUUACCGAAUCUGAAACUUUUUCCACCUCAGGACACACUUUUGAAAGGAAAAGAAAAAUGGCAGACAGCGAGGAGCAGCAAGUCUCUUCCACCACUCCUCUGUUCAGCGAGGGGGUGCACCACUACCAGGCCGAGCCGGAACCCGAGCAGAACCAGCCCAAACAAGACCUGUUCAGUGUGGAUGAUAUUGUGGACUUGGUCGGCGGGGCCCAGGACGCCUUGGAGCGCCACAUUGCUGAAGAUAGUGCGCCACACGAGGUCACAGAAACUUCGCUCGCUCCCCCGGAGGAGCCGAUUACGUUACUGGAGCCAGAACCGGUGUCAGUGCCAGAGGUAAAGAGACCGGAGCCUGAGAUGGAGAGGGCGAUCCCGGACUCUACCAGCUCUUCUUUCGUUCCUGAGACCCCUUUAAUUGCAGAGGAGCCAGAAGCCGUCGCCCCUAAAGCCGAACCGGAAAGUACGAAGAUCGUACCGGAGCCACAGGCUGCACCCGAGCCAGAACCUGCCCCGAAGAGCGACGCCCUCCCAGCGGCUGAACCCCGGAAAGCAGCCCCAGCCCCCGCAGAGGCAGCAGAGCGACCUGCGGUGACGGAGGAACCACCGGCUCCUGCAUCUUAUGUACCUUCUCCUUCUAAAGCUCAGCCUCAUCCUCUGAUGCAGUUUCCUACAGUGGUGGAUCUCCUCUACUGGCGUGAUGUGAAGACCACCGGCGUGGUGUUCGGCGCCGCCCUGCUGCUGCUCCUCUCCCUGACGAUGUGCAGCAUCGUGAGCGUCUGCUCCUACAUCGGCCUGGCUCUGCUCUCCGUCACCAUCUGCUUCAGGAUAUACAAAGGCAUCCUGCAGGCCAUCCAGAAGUCAGACGAGGGACACCCGUUCAAGCAGUACCUGGACCAGGAGGUGGCGCUGUCUGAGGACAUGGUCCACAAGUACAGCGACAUGGUUCUGGCCAAACUCAACAAGACCAUCGGUGAACUGAGGCGCCUGUUCCUGGUCGAGGACCUGGUCGACUCCAUCAAGUUUGCUGUGUUGAUGUGGAUCCUGACCUACGUCGGUGCCUUGUUCAACGGGCUCACUCUUCUUAUUCUGGGUCUGAUUGGAGCGUUCAGCUGCCCGAUCGUCUACGAGAAACACCAGACCCAGAUCGAUCACUACCUGGCUCUGGUCAACAACCAGAUCAAAGACAUCGUUGGAAAGAUCCAGGCGAAGGUUCCCGGAAUGAAGCGCAAAACAGAGUGAAGUAAGGACAAGUCAGAGUUUGGAUUCAGGAAGUCCUGAGAGGAAGAUGGUUGGAGGGAAGGUGGGGUGUUGGUGAGGGAGGGGGAGGGAUGGAUGGAUAUGAAGGAAGGCAGGAGGAGGGGAGGAGGGGUCUGGCGGGAAGCAGCCCUUCUAACUUUAUUUGUCAAAAUAAUAAAAACACUUUUUUUGCGUGUUUUCUGGAAAAGUGGAAGCAGGUUCACGAGGCCGAGGUCGGCUCGAUAUUUACAUCUUCCCUCUUUUUUUAUUUCUGAACUCAAGUUUUGAAAUGUUUGUUUCUGUGAGAUGUUCAAACUCACAGAAACACAUUUUAAUCUGGAGCGAACCCUGUCUCCCUCCCUCCACCCAGGGCAUUGUGGGAGGUCAGGUGCUCCCUCAGCCGGGGUUGGAAGGUUUUCUGUCAUUUAAAUUUUACUUUUUCUUUCUGUCCUUGUUGGUGUCGAAAGACGAGAGCGAGCAGCAGCAGCUCCUCCUGUGCUUCUCUCUUUUUUCCCAGUUGCUCUGAAUAUUCUCUGUUGUUAUUUCGUGUCCCUCAAGCUUCGGGCUUGUGUCCUCUGUGACCUGCUGCGUGUUUCUGCCUCGAUGUGACGGCUGAUGAAUCUGUGAGCAGAAUCUGAUGAGGUGGGUGGGGAGGGUGGGGGGGGGGGGGGGUACCAUUAAAAGCUUCAUUGCUUCUGAGUAACUUUAGCUAGAAACAUCUAGAAAACCUUUGCCAGACAAACAAAACACAUUCAUUACAUCAAAGUUAUUUCCAUGUCAUUGCAGUUGUCUAGUAAUGAAAAACUCUGGAAGAAACACGUUUACAUUCAUCAUCAGAGAAAAAUACAAAAAGGAAAAAAAAAUGGGAUUUAAAGAAAAAAUAAAUAACCAUGUUGUCUGUGGAGCUGAUAUCUUAAUAAAGUUACAACUUGAUGUGACUUUGGGAACCUUCAAGCAUUUGUUUGUUAUGCAAGUAUAAUUGUGAAUGAUAAACUUCAUACUUCAAUUGUGACGAUAAAAAGCUUCCGGCUGGGAGCCGUGUUCGUGGAAUGCAUUGUGAGAUGUAAACAAUUAUCAAUAAAGCUUCUAGACGAAGAAA